CAGCCGAGCUAGCCGAGUGCUGAACAACGGUUAAAGCUUUUGCCGAAAAUGCCUCCACUUCCUUCUCCGCUGCUGAAUCCGCGCCUAAGUUUGUCGCUAAAACCUUUGCUCAUUUUCUCUCAAUCCUCUCUAGCACCUCGGGAAUUUCAAAUCCCGAGGCAAUUAGUCUCCGUUAAGCGUAGAACCUUCUCUUCCUUAGCUUCGGAGCACUCAUCUGACAAUCGCGGCAGGAGCGGCGGAGGAGGCAGGUCCGGCGCUCUAUCUCCGUCUCCAGUGGCAGAGGAGAUUCAGAGGAUUGACGUGAAUCCACCUAAAGGGACUCGCGACUUCCCUCCUGAAGAUAUGCGACUCCGUAAAUGGUUAUUUAACCAUUUCAGAGAGGUUUCGCGGUUGUUUGGAUUCGAAGAGGUUGAUUAUCCGGUGCUAGAAUCAGAGGCUCUGUUCAUUCGGAAGGCAGGGGAAGAGAUUAGAGAUCAGUUGUAUUGUUUUGAAGAUCGGGGAAAUCGUCGUGUUGCAUUGAGGCCUGAGCUCACACCUUCUCUAGCAAGGCUAGUGAUUCAGAAAGGAAAAUCUUUAUCCCUCCCAUUGAAGUGGUUUGCUAUUGGUCAGUGUUGGAGGUAUGAGAGAAUGACAAGGGGCCGCCGCCGUGAGCAUUAUCAAUGGAAUAUGGAUAUCCUUGGUGUACCUGAAGUUACUGCUGAGGCAGAACUUAUUGCCUCCAUUGUCACUUUCUUCAAGAGAACUGGAAUCACAGAAUCAGAUGUUGGCUUUAAGGUGUCAAGCCGAAAGGUCUUGCAAGAAGUUUUGAGAUGCUACUCAGUACCUGAAAAUUUAUUUGGCAAGGUUUGCAUCGUCAUAGACAAGAUUGAAAAGAUCCCAAUAGAUGAAAUUAAGAGAGAGUUGAACGUUACUGGGUUAUCAGAAGAGGCUAUUGAGGAAUUAUUUCAAGUCCUUUCCAUAAAGUCAUUGACUAAGUUGGAAGAGAUACUUGGAGGUGCUGGGGAAGCUAUUGCCGACUUGAAACAACUAUUUUCACUUGCUGAGAAGUUUGGCUGCUCCGAGUGGAUUCAGUUUGAUGCAUCAGUUGUUCGUGGUCUUGCUUACUACACGGGUAUUAUUUUUGAGUGUUUUGACAGAGACGGAAAGCUGAGAGCUAUUUGUGGUGGCGGGCGAUAUGAUCGAUUACUUUCUACUUUUGGCGGGGACAAUGUUCCAGCUUGUGGCUUUGGGUUUGGUGAUGCUGUCAUUGUUGAAUUGCUAAAGGAAAAGGGACUCCUACCGGAACUCAGCCUUGAAGUAGAUAACAUUGUUUGCGCAUUGGAUCGUGAUCUUCAAGGAGUAGCUGCAAUAGUUGCUACUAAACUCAGAGAGAAAGGCCAAAGUGUUGAUUUAGUCUUGGAGAGCAGACCACUUAAAUGGGUGUUCAAACGAGCGGCACGGACAAAUGCACAAAGAUUAAUAUUGGUAGGGAAUACUGAGUGGCAGAAGGGUAUGGUUGUCGUAAAAGUCCUUUCAUCCGGUGAACAAAAUGAGAUUAAGCUAGAUGAACUAGAGUGAAAAGUACUUCUUUGGCAGUACUUUUGAUGAUGCUCAUCCUCUAUGGACAUGUCUCAUUUUUUGUCGAUUCGGCUAAUUCUCUCCUUUAUGGCAUAAUAUUGUUCAUGAUAUGUUGUAACAUUGAGAUUUGAAUAAU